ACUAGUACCUACACCAGUCCCACCAGUCCCACCAGUCCCAACACCAGUGCCACCAGUACCUACACCAGUGCCACCAGUGCCACCAGUACCAGUGCCACCAGUCCCUACACCAGUCCCACCAGUCCCACCCAUACCAGCACUACCAGUGCUACCAGUCCCAACACCAGUGCCACCAGUGCCACCAGUCCCACCCAUACCAGCACUACCAGUGCCACCACCAGUCCCACCAGUGCCACUAGUCCCUACACCAGUGCCACCAGUCCCACCACCAGUACCAGUGCCACCAGUACCUACACCAGUUCCACCAGUGCUACCAGUGCCACCAGUGCCACCCAUACCAGCACUACCAGUGCCACCAGUCCCUACAGCAGUGCCACCAGUGCGUACACCAGUGCCACCACCAGUGCCACCAGUGCCACCAGUCCCACCACCAGUACCACUGGUACCAGCACUACCAGCCCCGCCAGUGCCACCAGUGCCACCAGUACCACCACCAGUCCCACCACCAGUGCCACCAGUACCUACACCAGUGCCACCAGUCCCACCCAUACCAGCACUACCAGUGCCACCAGUCCCACCACCAGUCCCACCAGUGCCACCAGUACGUACACCAGUGCCACCAGUGCCACCAGUCCCACCAGUACCAGUGCCACCAGUACCUACACCAGUCCCACCACCAGUGCCACCAGUCCCACCAGUACCUACACCAGUGCCACCAGUCCCACCAGUACCUACACCAGUGCCACCAGUCCCACUUGUACCAGCACUACCAGUGCCACCAGUCCCACCACCAGUGCCACUGGUACCAGCACUACCAACCCCACCAGCCCCACCAGCGCCACCAGUGCCACCAGUGCCACCAGUCUGUACACCAGUGCCACCAGUACCUACACCAGUGCCACCACCAGUCCCACCAGUGCCACCAGUCUGUACACCAGUGCCACCAGUGCCACCACCAGUCCCACCACCAGUGCCACCAGUCUGUACACCAGUGCCACCG